CCUGAGAGUCCGAGACACACAUCUUUGUGCUUUGUUUCUUUCGUUCUUUCUUCCAUUUUUUUUUUUGGGUGAUUUCAAUUUACAGAGAAACAGCUUCAAACUCUUCUGAGUCUUCUCAACAAAGAAUAUAAAUACACCCAAAUGCCAUUUAACCCCAACUAAAAAUAAGCACAAUUAGAACAACCCCAUCAAAAAUUCAUCCCAAAAUUCUUACUUUUCUCUCUCCUAAUCCUUAGAUCUCACUGAUUUUUCUUUGAUCCCUUUAAUUUCAACUCUGAUCGCUGGUUUCUGCUUACCAGAUUCGAUUUGACUCUUUAAAUUUUGUUGGGUUUGUAUUUUUUUCUGUAAUCGAAUCGAGGAACACUGGACCCAAUCAUGAAUCCCUUUUCAUCAGGAACCCGUUUGAGGGACAUGAUUCGUGCUAUACGCGCUUGUAAAACGGCAGCAGAAGAACGUGGAGUUGUCAGAAAAGAAUGUGCAGCUAUCCGUGCUGCCAUUAGUGAAAAUGAUGCAGACUACCGGCAUCGAAACAUGGCCAAGCUCAUGUUUAUUCACAUGCUUGGUUACCCUACACAUUUUGGGCAAAUGGAAUGCCUGAAGUUAAUUGCUGCUCCUGGAUUUCCAGAAAAAAGAAUAGGAUACCUGGGACUCAUGUUACUUCUUGAUGAAAGACAAGAAGUUCUUAUGCUGGUUACAAAUUCUUUAAAACAAGAUCUCAACCACACAAACCAGUACAUCGUGGGGCUUGCUCUUUGUGCUCUUGGGAAUAUAUGCUCCGCUGAAAUGGCACGUGACCUUGCUCCAGAAGUAGAGAGAUUGCUUCAAUUUCGGGAUCCAAAUGUUCGCAAGAAAGCAGCACUCUGCUCAAUCCGGAUUAUAAAGAAAGUCCCUGAUCUGGCGGAGAAUUUCAUAAAUCCUGCUGCUUCUUUGCUGAAAGAAAAGCACCACGGAGUCCUGAUAACCGGAGUGCAACUCUGUACGGAUUUAUGUAAUACCAGCGAAGAUGCACUUGAGUACUUCAGAAAGAAAUGCACUGAUGCUGUGGUGAAAGUUCUAAAGGACCUUGUCAACAGUCCAUAUGCUCCAGAGUAUGAUAUUGCUGGAAUUACUGAUCCUUUCCUCCACAUCAGAUUACUGAGAUUUUUGCGUGUUUUGGGUCAUGGUGACGCUGACGCUAGUGACUGCAUGAAUGACUUACUUGCGCAGGUGGCAACAAAAACGGAGUCUAACAAGAAUGCGGGAAAUGCAAUCCUGUAUGAGUGUGUGGAAACGAUCAUGAACAUUGAAGAUAAUAGUGGUUUGCGUGUACUAGCCAUUAAUAUUCUUGGAAGAUUUUUAUCAAACAGGGACAAUAAUAUAAGAUAUGUUGCCUUAAAUAUGUUGACGAGGGCUAUAAAUUUUGACGCUCAAGCAGUACAGAGGCAUCGAGCGACAAUCUUAGAAUGUGUGAAGGAUUCAGAUGCUUCGAUCAGGAAAAGGGCUCUUGAACUUGUGUAUCUUCUAGUGAAUGAGAGUAAUGUAAAGCCUUUGACAAAAGAGCUAAUUGACUAUUUGGAAGUUAGUGACCUCGAAUUUAAGGAGGAUCUUACAGACAGAGUCUGCUCCAUUGUUGACAAGUUUUCACCAGAUAAGAUUUGGUACAUUGAUCAAAUGCUGAAGGUUCUUUGUGAGCAGGCUGGCAAUUAUGUGAAGGAUGAAGUGUGGCAUGCUCUUAUUGUUGUUAUAAGUAAUGCUGUCAGUCUCCAUGGGUAUACAGUUAGGUCCCUUUACAGAGCUCUUCAAGCAUCAACUGAGCAGGAAACUCUUGUCAAAGUGGCAGUUUGGUGCAUUGGAGAAUAUGGUGAUAUGUUAGUCAACAAUGUUGGGAUGCUAGAGACAGAGGACCCAAUAACUGUAACCGAAUCUGAUGCACUGGAUGCAAUUGAGAAUGCUAUCAAGAGUCACAACUCGGAUGUUACCACUCGUGCUAUGUGUUUGGUUUCUCUGCUGAAGCUUUCUUCCCGAUUUCCUGCCUGUUCCCAGAGGAUAAAGGAUAUACUUGUGCAUUACAAAGGAAGCCUUCUCCUUGAAUUACAGCAGAGAGCUCUCGAGUUUAAUUCAAUUAUUGAAAAACAUCAAAAUAUUAGAUCUGCAUUGUUGGAAAGGAUGCCUGUUUUGGAUGAGGCAACAUACAGUGGAAGGAGGGCUGGCUCUUUGCCAGCAGCAGUUUCUAGUUCCAAUGGUCCUGUCAAUCUUCCAAACGGGGUUUCAAAGCCUGCUGCUCCCCUUGUUGACUUACUUGAUCUAAGCUCGGAUGAUGUUCCUGCACCUAGCUCUUCUGGUGGAGGUGAUUUUCUGCAUGACCUCCUUGGUGUUGAUUUGGCACCAGCACCAUCACAGUCAGGUACUCAAAAGUCAGGAACGGAUGCCCUGUUGGAUCUGCUAUCAAUCGGGAGCCCCCCUGCUAUGAAUAAUUCAUCAACUCCCGACAUUUUGUCUCUAAGCCUAGAAAGCAAAAGUUCCGGAGGACCACUGGAAGGAUUGUCAUCAAUUUCAUCCAUGCCUGCACAAGUCUCUUCUCCUGGUGGAGCUGCUCCUAUUGUGGAUUUAUUAGACGGGUUGUCUUCCACUCAGUCAACAUUAGAGAUCAAUGGUCCGCAAUUUCCAUCAAUGGUUGCAUUUGAGAGCAGCUCCCUGAAAAUGACAUUUGAAUUUUCAAAGUCUGCUGGGAGCCCACAAGUGACGUCAAUCACAGCUACUUUUGCUAAUUUAUCAGCCAACAGUUAUACUGAUUUCCUAUUCCAAGCUGCAGUUCCCAAGUUUCUUCAGCUGCACCUUGAUCCAGCUAGCAGUACUACCCUUCCUGCAAGUGGUGAUGGCUUAAUCAUUCAGACUAUGCGAAUUACAAACAGUCAGCAUGGAAAGAAACCCCUGGCAAUGCGCAUAAGAAUAGGCUACAAGGUAAAUGGUAAAGAUGUUUUGGAAGAAGGGCAAAUCAGUAACUUUCCACGUAAUUUGUGAGGUUCAAUGUUAUUCAAGUGAAGUGCUUAGGCUCAAGAACUUACUGAUUAUAGCAGAUUGACUCCUCAAGUCUUUAGCCUAUCCUGUUAGGGUAAUCUGUUCUUCAAAUUCUUCCAACGAAGACAUAUGGUGGCUCCUUGGUCUCCAAGUUUUAUCAGAAAUGGGUUUGUUCAUUCCUCUUUCCUUUUUCCUUUAUCCAUUUUACCCCAUUUGGUGGGCCAUGUACAUUAUAUUUUGAUUCGUAUGUGUAUCAAAAACGUGGAAAAAUGAAUUUUGGAAAGUUGUCUAGGUUAUAAUGAGAUAUCUAUUUGUUAUAUUGAGGAACUGGCGUUGUUCCAGCUGUUUUUGUUGGGUCUUAUGAACCUCAGAGCUCAGGGCAUAGUUAAGUUGAGUAAGAGGCAGAGAUUUGCGAAAUACUAUAUACUACCUGCAUAGCUUAUGCGAUUCUUUGAUUUGUAAUAUCAUAGCGUGAUUUACUGCAUGAUUUAGUGAUUUCUCAA